CGGUAAAAAUCAAUGAUUUUCGGUCAACAUCGACACCUAGCGGUUUCACGAAAAUCGAUCAGUUUUGUGAGUACUCCUUCAGUGGUCUUGUUGACGGAUUAUACCCUGAUGAUAUGAUCAAACACCUACUCCCGUCGUCCCAAAAAGACCAACCUAGGAGAGGAUUUGACUCCUCCUAGUACAACGAAUCCGGAUAACCCAUAUCCAGAUUCAUUGUCCUAAGAGAGAUCAUAUCCCCACCUCUCCUAGGCUGGGGGUUUUUUUAGGACGGAGGGAGUAUACGGCUUGUUUGGAGGACGUAAUCAGUUGAUAAGUACUCAAAUGAAGCUGUCAAGAUAGCAAGGAAGAUAAUAAGGAUUUAGGUUCGACCCUCCGAUGAUAGGUAAUAGUCCUACUCCUGUUAAUCGGAGGUUGGUGUUGGCAUCAUAUAUAUCAAUCUCUCAUGAGUACAAUGGAAAGGAAAAACUAAUCUAGUCUGUCGGGAUAUCGGCGUAAAGCUCAAGCAGUGAUUGAUCGCUAGCUGUUGUCAGCUUCCUCUAGAAGUAAGAAGACGAGAUUGGAGCUAUGGUGGACAUGGUAUAUGAGGUCGAAAGAUUCGGCCGUAUCGUCUCCAAAUCCUGCAAAGAUCUUUGGAGAUCCAGCACCCAAGAUAUCACGUACCAUGCAGGAUCCGGAGGAGGAGGACGACGAUCAGCAGCAGCAGCAUCCGGCGGCCAGGAGGUGCGCCGCGUGUCGGUACCUGCGGCGGAGAUGCGCCGACGACUGCGUGCUCGCGCCCUUCUUCCCGGCCUCCCGCCCACACCGCUACGCCUGCGUGCACAGGGUCUUCGGCGCCAGCAACGUCGCGAGGCUGCUCCAGGUUCACUAGCCACCACUGUGCUAUUGCCAUCUGCUACUUGCUCACUUAAUUAAUUACCUGAUGAAAAUUAGUGCUACUACUUGUAGUAAAUUUUCCAGAGUGUAAGUGCAUUACAUUAGUUACGCUUACGCAUUUUGUAGUGAAGGGCCAGCGUGCAUUUCUCUACUAAAGAAACGCUUUCUUAAACGGUCAAAAUCUGUUUUCGCAAGCAGGAUGACAUUCCUAUAUGAAGGCUAGAGAGUGCUCGUCUGCAAAAAUCAUUUCUGUAUUAGUGUAUGUUCUGUGAGGGUUUUUUUUUUCUUUUUUUUAAAAAAAAUAGAAAUGUGCAUAGGCUGGAUUAAUCUUCGCUAUCAAGAAAAUAUGUUGCAUCUGUAGUUAGGCUGCGUUCGUUUGGAGAACAUAGGGAGAUUGUUUGUUUCGUUUACCGCGUGCACGCUUCCCAAACUACCAAACGGUGUGUUUUUUGUAAAAUUUUCUAUAUGAAAGUUGCUUUAAAAAAUCAUAUUAAUCCAUUUUAAAGUUUAAAAUAGUUAAUACUCAAUUAAUCAUGCACUAAUGGCUCACCUCGUUUUGCGUAUCUUCCCAAUUUUCUCAAUCCCCUCUCCCUCAAACACAGCCUUAAUCUUAUUUCGGAAUAGAUAGUUGUCGUGAUGAAAGUGGGUAACGUCUGAUCCAUAUCGGAUAGUCACUAACAUAUGAACUCAUACUCACAUGUCACUAGCUUGCUGUGACUAUAUGGAUAUGCAGUAACCUAAAGGGAUUCAUGUUAUGUUUACCCAUAACAUAUUUUCAAGCAUAUUAACUAACUUUUUAUUGAUGACUGAUUUAUCUUCGUGAACUUUUUUUUUGUACGUACUAGAGCUUGCCGAUGGCGGAGAGGGGCAACGCGGCGAACACGAUGGCGAUGGAGGCGUACUGGAGGGUGCAGGACCCGGUGUACGGCUGCACCGGGAUCAUCAACCGCCUGCAGGAGGAGAUCCGAGCCGUCCAGUGCGAGCUGGCCAGGACGCAGGCUCACCUCGCCAUCGCCGUCGCUUCCUCCCAGCAACCUCCACCUCCACCUCCUCCGCCACCAUUGCCGUCGCCGCCGCCGCCGCCGCCGCCGCAGCAGCAGGAGGAGCAGUCGCCGCCGCCGUUGCUGGAUCCGGCCGACGAGUUCCUCAACCUCGAUGGACUUUGA